AAGAUUACUUUAUCACUCAGUUACAAUAAUUGACAAAACAACGAGAUGAAUUUUGAAGUAUUUCUUUUAUUAAACUUAUUGCCUUUGGCAAGAGGAGGUAAACAGCCAAAUAUUUUGUUUAUAUUUGCUGAUGAUUAUGGUUUUAACGAUGUUGGUUAUCAUGGUUCCGAGAUUAAGACACCAGUACUUGAUAAACUUGCAAAAGAAGGUGUCAUUCUUGAGAAAUAUUAUGUUCAACCAAUUUGUACGCCAACAAGAUCAACAAUGUUGACGGGAAGAUAUCAAAUUCAUACUGGUUUACAACACGGUGUAAUCAAUCCUGCGCAACCAAACUCUAUUCCUCUUGAUGAAACAAUUGUCGCAGAGAAAUUAAAACAAAAUGGUUACAAGACUCAUAUAGUCGGCAAAUGGCAUAAUGGUUUUUAUAAAAAAGAAUGUAUGCCAACAUACAGAGGUUUCGAUACAUUUUUUGGAUAUCUUACAGGAGCUGAAGAUUAUUAUACCCACGUUGCAAAAGAUCGUGUUCGCAUAAAUAAAUCAUCAUAUGCACAAUUCUAUGGUUAUGAUUUGCGUAGAAAUGAAUCAGUAAGUACAAAAGAAAAAGGUGAAUAUUCCACAUUUAUAUUUACAAAAGAAACUCAAAAGAUCAUCAGGAAUCAUGAUACAAGUUCUCCUAUGUUCUUAUACUUGGCAUUUCAAGCUGUUCAUUCUCCUUUGCAAGUCCCAGAACAAUAUAUCAAACCAUAUGAAGGGAUUAAAGACACCAACAGACGUAUUUAUGCUGGAAUGGUGUCAGCUAUGGAUGAAGCCAUAGGCAACAUAACACAAACACUCAAAGAAAAAGGAAUUUGGAACAACACUAUCUUGAUAUUUAGCACUGAUAAUGGUGGUCAAGUGUAUCAAGGAGGAAAUAACUGGCCAUUAAGGGGUUGGAAGGGAUCAUUAUGGGAAGGAGGUAUACGUGGAGUGGGAUUUGUCAACAGUCCUUUGUUAGCAAAACCAAAAAGAGUCUCGUAUGAAAUGAUUCAUGUUUCUGAUUGGUUUCCAACAUUGGUAAAGUUAGCUGGAGGUGAUUUAAAUGGCACCAAACCUUUAGAUGGUUUUGAUGUUUGGGAAACCAUCAACACAGGCGAGCCUUCCCCAAGGAAUGAAAUCUUGCAUAAUAUUGAUCCAGUUAAGACUCCAUGGUAUCGUAAAGCCUGGGAAUAUGGUCAUAAAUGGUGUCCACAAGCUGCGUUACGUGUUGGAGACUGGAAACUACUUAAAGGUUGUCCAGGAAAGUCUGGUUGGUUUCCACCACCAAAUUCAAAUGUUCAUUUGAACUCACAAACAGAUUCUAGUAACAAGACUAAGAAUUUGUUUUUGUUCAACAUAGCAGAAGAUCCAGAAGAACGACAUGAACUAUCUUCAAAGUUUCCAGAAAAAGUUAAGGAGUUAUUGGCCAAGCUUCAAGAAUACAAUAAUACUGCAGUACCUGUGAAAUACCCUAAACAAGAUCUUGCCUCAAAUCCUGCAUUCUUUAAUGGUGUCUGGUCACCUUGGAUUGUUUCCAAACACGAUGAUGCAACUGCAUAAUUGCUGUAAUUUGGUCUUCUAUAUUCAAAGCCAUCAUCAGAGAAUAUAUUUAAUAUUAUUCCUUAGGAAUAAGAUUUGGUCUUCUGUUAUGGCUAAGAUUUCUUUUAAAUUUUCUCGUAAUAUUUAAUGUAAUUUACGCCAAAAGUUUCUUUUGUUGCAUCAACAUCAGUUUACAUUUUGGCAAUAAUUGCAGUGAGUGCGUGUAUUUUUUGAUGUAUAACCAGUAGAGUGUAUAGCCUGCACAGUGUAUAGCCUGCACAGUGUAUAGCCUGCACAGUGUAUAGCCUGCACAGUGUAUAACCUGAAGCUAUAAUCCUUCUCUUCAGCUCCAUUAAUAAGUCGCAUUAUUUUAAAUCAAAAAGAAUAACAUAUAUACUCUACUGAGAAGGCACUGCUUAAAAAUGAGUAAUUAUCAAUUGUUUGACAAUAGUUUGGCUGUUAAAAACCAAUUCUUUCUGAGAUGAACUCAAAAUUUACGACCACAUUUCUUUUCAUUUGUUGAUCAAUUUCCCAAAACAAAAAAAACUUUAUUUAAUCAGUUUAUUUUUCAUACGAUAUAUUUUAAUCGCCAUAUAAAAUUACAUGUAACAGAAUAUAAACAUUCCUUGAUACAAAAUAACGUAAAAUUAUACAUUUCUCAGUUUAUUAUUUAACUUUUAAAGAGAGA